UAAUUGCAAUUAUGAACAAUAAGCUUAAGGUACAUCUUCAGAAUGAUGAACAAUCAAGACAGUUCUCAUCUAAUCCUGAGCCUGUAUUUGCUUCAACUUCAAUAAUUUCUCAAGAAAAGUUGGAUGAGUUAUUUA